AUGUCUAAGCUAAGCUUUGAUAGAGAUCACAACGUUAUCAAUGGUGCGCUGGAAGGGGCUGAAAAGCAGUAUCAUUCAAUAAACCCCUUCACUGAGGAAAAGCUCUGGGAUGCCCCAGUCGCCUCUGCGCAAGAUCUCGAUGAAGUCGUGGAAGCUGCCAAUGUUGCUUUCCAGACAUGGCAGCACUCAACUUUAGAUGACCGGCGAUCACGAAUGAAACAGUUUGCAAGUGAGCUGUUUUUUAAAAAUUCUGAUUGGACAGACAUAAUCUCGGAAACCGGCCAGCCCAAAGAAUUGGCAGAGAGGGAGGUUGAAUCAGCUUGUGAAUGGCUCACUGGAAUAGCCAGCAUUGAUAUCCCCGAGUAUACCACGUACGAAGACGACAACGUCAAAGUCACUACAAAGUACUUCCCACUAGGAGUUGUCGGGGCAAUCGUUUCUUGGAAUUUUCCUAUCUUCCUCGUUCUCGGCAAGGUUGCAUCCUCGCUGAUUUGUGGAAAUACCGUGAUCGUCAAGCCUUCGCCAUAUACUCCGUAUAGUAUUCCCAAAGUGACAGAACUGGCGCAAAGUUUCUUUCCUCCCGGAGUCGUGGAGGCUCUUGGAGGUGAUGAGAACCUAGGGCCGUGGAUGACGAAACAUCCAGGAAUAGCUAAGAUUUCCUUCACCGGAUCUGCCGCUACGGGGAAAAGGGUCAUGGAGGCAGCAGCUUCAACUUUGAAGCGGGUAACCCUUGAGCUUAGUGGCGGCAAUGAUGCUGCUAUCAUAUGCGCGGAUGUUGAUAUCGAUGAUGUUGCACAGAGGGUCAUGGAGGAUGUCAAGUGUGCAUCGCAGCGAAAAGAAUCUUUGUGCACAGUGCCGAAGCCUGGGACUGGCUAUUUAAGCCCAGUUCAGAACAAGAUCCAAUUUGACAAAGUUCGGUCCAUCUUCGAGGAUUGCAGAGCUCAGAAUUACAAGUUCGCUAUAGGAGGCGAGCAAGAUUUGAGCCAAACCAAGCCAGGCUUUCAGAUGUCUCCUGCAGUGGUCGUCCGACCCCCAGACGAGUCCCGUCUGGUCCAAGAAGAGCCGUUCGGGCCUAUUGAUGAUGAGGAGAAUGUUAUCCACCGCGCAAAUAACACCGAUCAAGGUCUAGGUGCAACCUUGUGGUAUCGCGAUCCUGCAAUGGCAGAGCGUAUUAGCAUGCGACUGGACGCUGGCAGUGUGUGGGUGAAUCGUGGAGCUUUCCCACUCCCCACUGCUCUUUUUGGAGGUUGCGCGGACAUUUCAUUUUGCGAAGCAGUAGAAGUUUCAACUCAGAAAAGCAACUGGAAGCUGUAUCUAUGA